CGAUAAUGGAUCGAAAAACAAACAGAAGGGAAAAGGAAUAUGAAGAGAAGCACAGCAACUCGGAGGGCUGUGAUGCAGACAAGGACUAUAAGACGUCUCUGAUCACUCUGAACGUCGGGGGCUAUCUGUACAUCACACAGAAGCAAACGCUGACCAAGUAUCCAGAUUCUUUUCUCGAAGGCGUGAUAAACGGGAAAAUUAUGUGCCCGCUGGAUACAGAUGGGCAUUUUUUCAUAGACAGAGAUGGACUUCUUUUCAGGCACAUCCUCAACUUCCUACGAAAUGGAGAACUUCUGCUGCCAGAGGGGUUUCGAGAAAACCAACUUCUGGCACAAGAGGCAGAGUUUUUCCAGCUGAAAGUACUAUCAGAUGCUGUGAAAUCCAGAUGGGAGAAGGAACAGCUAGCAUGCAGGGAGACGACUUUCCUGGAAAUCACCGACAGCCACGACCGUUCACAGGGUCUCAGGAUCUUUUGUAAUGCUCCGGAUUUCAUAGCCAAAAUAAAAUCUAGAAUAGUUUUGGUGUCCAAGAGCAGGCUGGACGGAUUUCCAGAGGAGUUUGCAGUAUCUUCAAACAUUAUCCAAUUCAAAUACUUCAUAAAGUCGGAGAACGGCACACGGCUCGUCCUGAAGGAGGACAACACCUUCGUCUGCACCCUGGAAACUCUCAAGUUUGAGGCUAUAAUGAUGGCUUUAAAAUGCGGAUUCCGGCUGCUGACCAGCCUGGACUGCUCCAAAGGGUCGAUCGUUCACAGCGACGCGCUGCAUUUCAUCAAGUAACUCCCGAGGCCAAGGAAAAGCAG